AUGCAUUGGGACGAAUCAACAGAACCAAGCAUUCAAGAAUUGUUUAUGGACUUCGUGAAUAUUCAUUCAACGUCAGGAUUAAGUCUUUCAAAUGUAUUGAUUUCAAAACUUGCAGAAUAUGAGAUACCUUUAAGAGACUGUCGGGAUGAGGAGUAUGAUAACGGAAGCAAUAUGGUUGGAGAAUAUCAAGGAGUGCAGUCACCAUCCACAAAAAGAUGGGAUAUUUUAAAAAAACACUGUUCUAUAGUGUUAAAAAAAUGGACAGCUACACGAUGGGAAAGUAGAUAUAAAUGUGUUAAAGCAAUUAAAGAUCAACUAUCUGAGGUACUAAAUGCUUUAGAAGAAAAACUGAAUGCUCUAAUGAUCCAAAGUCAUCUGGUAAUCUGGCUUGAUAUUUUGGGUCAAGUUAAAAUUGUAAAUAAAAUUUUACAAGAUCCUAAAAUGGAUUUAAAUGCAUCGGCUAGCAGCAUAGGUAGUCUUAUCACUUUUUUAGAAAAAUAUCGUACAAAUGGAUUUGAAAACGCCAAAUUGGUUGGAAUGGAAAUCGUUAAAUAUAUUGGUGGAACUGCUAACUUCAAGGGAAAAAGACCAAGAAAUAAAAAAAAAAUGUUUAACUACGAAAGUAACGAUGAAUAUACAAUUAGUUCAGAAGAAGCUUUUUGUCGUGAUUACUUUUUGAUCCUAAUUGACCGUGCUACGGAAGCAUUGAGAGUACGGUUGGAGUACCAAAGCACAUUUAACUCCAAUUUUGGAUUUUUGUACAGAAUUGGAAAACUUAAACAUCAAAAUGAUGGUUUUAUUAAAAAUUGUUGCAAUGAUUUGCAAAACGUAUUGAGUGAAGGCAAUUUUAGAGAUAUAAAUGGUGCAGAUUUAUACAUGGAACUUCUUAUUUUUCGAAGUAUAAUAGAUGAAAACGCAACAACUCUAUAG